CACCCCAACAGCAGUGCACCCUCCAUGAAGUAACUUCAGAGGCCAUGAGGCUGGCCCUGCCAUUGCUGCUACUGUUCGGGUGCAAGGCCACCCUGGGAAACCUCGGGGACAGGCCUCCGCUCUCAGCUACCGCUCCAGUGCUGGAUGACGAGGAGAAGUAUGCAUCUUAUAUGCCUGUUCACCUGCGCUGUGAUGCCUGCCGGGCUGUGGCCUACCAACCCCAGCAGCCAUCUCUCCAUGACAUCACCAGCCUCCUACACUUGAAUUGCCCUGCCUCAGUUUACACCCUUGCCUGGUUACCUAGGAGCGGCCAAUCUCAGAUGGGGCAACAUCUGGCAAAAGCAGAAGCUAAAUCUCACGGUCCAGACUCCAGUGGACUGCAGGAGCUGAGCGAGUCGGUAUACACAGAUGUCCUGGACCGGACCUGCUCUCAGAACUGGCAGUCCUAUGGAGUUCAAGAAGUGAACGGGAUGAAACGUCUCAUGGGCCCAGGACUCAGCAAGGGGACAGAGCCUAGCAUCAGCGUGAUGAUUACUGGGGGUCCCUGGCCCAAUAGGCUCUCCACGAUGUGUUUCGAGUACCUGGGAGAGUUUGGAGAGGAUCAGAUCUACGAAGCGCAUCUCCAAGGCCAUGAGGCCCUGGAGGCCUUGCUGUGUGGUGGCUCUCAGGGUUCCUGCUCGCUGGAAAACCCAAGAGAAGAGCUUUAGUACAAGUGGUACACCUGCGGAUCUUCUCUCCCUAUAUAUAUAUUUUAAAUUAAUGGUUGCUUGGAGACAGGGUCUCAUUGCAUAGCACAGGCUGGCCUUGAACUCAUCACAUAGCACAUGCUGGCCUCAGCCUUGGAAGUGCAGCCAUGACUCUCCUGAGCCUUUGGCCCUAUUCCUUCAGCAGUGGUAGUGGGGAGGGGGCAGGGAAACCUGGGCCUUAUUGUCAGUCUUCUUCCUUCCUCCACCCCUCUUUGGGGCAAUGGGGGUUUCUACUUUCAAAUAAAGCUCAGUGACUUUGAAGUCUCCAUAAA